AUGUGGCAACUUUGCUUUUGCAUCCCUGAGAUUCCGACAUUGCUGGGCUAUGUUGCACGUAUCGCUGUGGUUGCAAUGAUCCGCACGUCGACCAUGGUUGCCCCUGCUCUUGCUGCUCGCUCUCAAGACCUAAGCCACGUGUGUGCCAGCCACGCUAACGUUACUACCCGCGCCGUUCAUGAAGCUAUGCUCCAUGUGGCAUCAUACCUGCCUUGGGAUGUUCAUGCAUCAACAACAUGGCCAGCUCAGCGGGUUGCCCUCUUGGAUGAACUGAAUCAGGUCCUGCAUGUGCUUGCGGCGCAGUUGAAUACAUUGGAUACUGAACGUGUGGCACUGCUUCAGCGUCUCACGCAUGUGUACACCCAAUUGAUGCAUGGGCAAAGCGGUUGCGUAUUGAUCCAGGGUGGUAUCGUAGGGGCUAAUGUCUUGUUGGACUCACUCGUACGUGUUACUAAAACAUGUUUUCAGGUGGCUUUUGAACUCGUACCAAGAAUGCGCGAUGCCGAAGAUCCGAUAACGGCAACAUCUGCGAGUGAGGCUGCAGUUGACGAGGUACUUUCACUUUGGCGUUCGCUUCUGAUCACAUUGCCUCCGCCAGAUGCCGCGUACACGCAUCCGUACGUACGAGAUCAUGUGGUGCUUCCAUAUCAAGCUGGCCGACUUCACGCUGCUAUGCUCACUGCAGAGUCUGACUGGGAUGACUUUGUCGCCGCUGAAAAUACAAGCGACGCAGAUCUCUAUGACGAGCAUUUAACAUUGUAUGCGGCACUCGCACGCACUUGUGUAUACCAAGCGGUGCAGCAGCUUGUGGCAUCUAAGCCUGCGGUCUCUGACCGGGGGCAUAUAUCGCCAGCUAUAUGGGAGCAAUGGCACUGGCUUGCGUUAAUGACAGGGCAUCUUAUUGCUGACGAUAGUGCGAGUGAAGUGGCACUAGUACCAGAAGGUAUUCAGGCAUCUUGUCCUGAAGCACAGGACCAGAUCCAUGCACUUCUUCAGGAUUUCAUGUCUUUAUUAGCUUACCUCGUUUCCAAUGGACCAAAUUCUUCUACGCCAUGCAGUCCUCAAGCGCUAAUUUCUACGCUAUGGCUUACGGCUCGUUGGAUACCCGUGUAUCUACUGCGCGAGUCACCUAGCCGCGUAGAGGCGCCAUUUGCUGGUUCCAUGGGCGAGCGCUUCCUGGAUGAACUCGUUCCAUGCUUGCGUACGGCUCUUGUUGCAUGGAGAUCCGACUCCGAUGUGAUCGUGGCUAUUUCUCUUGUCUGGGAGGCUCUUGCUCGAUCGUCAGGUGCUAUGCAAAUAUGGUUAGCGAAAGAGCCAGUGUUUGCGCUAGUCAAAGAUACGUUGGCAACGCUUGAAUUGCUUCCGGAUGCAGCACAGCCGUUUAUACUACGCGCAUUGGUACGCUGCGUCGAUGCGACGCGUGAUGGCCAUGCGCUAGCGGCUCAGGUACGCGGCAUGUAUUACCCAUUGAUCAUGCACGCAGCGCAAGCUCGCUUUGAUUCGGCGGCACAUGCAUCUCCAGUCUCAUUAUCAUCUGCCUUAUCAUUGUGGCAUGCACUGGUUGAUGCAGCAGAUCCAAGCACAAGUGGUGCUGUGCACAUCCACAUUCUUUCGCAACUUCCUGCCAUGGUGACAUCUGUCGAGCAGCAUCUUGCAAAUACGGAUGUGCAAGUAUCAGCUGGACGUGCGACACUGGCUCUGUUGCGUGCAUUGCCCGAGUUGCAAAAUACAUCGACUUUGCUAGCAGGAUCAGCGCAACAUGUUCUUGAACUGCUACGUGCCAUGCUUACAUCAUUGACAGAUCAACCACGCGUCUCAGGUCUUGAUGCUACGUUUGAAGAUCUCUUGGUCUUGUAUUUGUCAUUACUGGAAGAGCUUGUGCGAGCGUGCGCAUCAUCUGAUGCGGCAGAAGCAAACGCCCCUCAUGCUGAUGACUUGCGCUUACUGUGUCUUGGCGCUUUUGGGGCCGUCAUGCCAAUGUUGAAGCGAGAUGUACUGACAAUUCCAAGCGUUGCCGAGGCCUUUGCUCAGCUCGUGCACGUGCUGCUCAUCAUGGCGCGAUCGGCGCUGUACUCAUCAACACAUGGUGCUUGCCCAUUUCUGGAAGGAAUGACUGCUUCUUUUGACUUGCUCGACAUGGGCAUGCAUUCUAUCUUGCCUCAAAACGUGCAGUCCAACACGGUCAUGACUCUUAUGAACCCCUUGCAAAUGGUUCUUCGUGCCGCCGUGUUACACUGGUUGGCACUGCUGACUCAUUUACCGAGAGCAUUGCUAGUGGUAUCGCGCAGGGCAUUGGCUAUGUAUCCGAGAUACUGCCAUGCCUACAGACCGGCGCGAGUGUACUAG